CUCUUUAAAUCCGUUGGAUUCUAAUUUGAAAAUUCUUCAUUUAUAUUAAUAUAUUUGAAUUAUGAAUUUACUUUGAUUGGUUAGCUGAAAUCACAUGACUCUAGUGCCUUAUAAUAAGGCUUCCAUUUCAACUGAAUGUAUUAAAUUUGGUUCCAAGUUGUCCCAAUGGCACCCCUACCAUGACCUAUUUGUAAUAUGUAUAGCUCAAUCGCUUACACAAUGAAUGACUAAUGCAUUUUAUGAAAUGUUAAAGGAAAUACUACACAUACAGGUAACAUUUCAGACUGUCAGAUAUAAAAUGCACAUGUGUAAAUGCAUGCAAUCCAGUCUGUGAUUCACAUUGUGACGUGCAGUGUGAACUGUAGGCGUGUUGCAGUAGGUGGAGUCGCUCUCGGGAUUGGCACCAUCCCAGUUCAAGACUGCCGUCUUUAUAAGAGGAGUCUGGUCUUUCCAGCUUCCCAUCCACUCUGUGAAGCCUGCCAACCAAGUGUGCCUGCUCCGUCCUUCCACCACUAAGACAACAUGGGCAGACAAAAGAUAUAUUUGGAAAAACUGUCCAAGACCUUCCAGAUCCGCAACCUGCUGCUUCGCCAGGCCCUGGCAGAAUGUCUAGGAACGCUCAUCCUUGUGAUGUUCGGCUGCGGUGCCGUGGCCCAGUUGGUGUUGAGUGGUGGUUCUCAUGGUUUAUUUCUGACGGUAAACUUUGCCUUUGGCUUUGCUGCCACCUUGGGGAUUCUAGUCUGUGGCCAAAUAUCAGGAGGACAUCUAAACCCUGCAGUGACCUUCGCCCUAUGCCUGCUCGGGAGGGAACGAUGGAGAAAGUUCCCCAUGUAUUUCCUCUUUCAGACAAUUGGCGGGUUCUUUGGAGCGGCCGUCAUUUUUGGCAUGUACUACGAUGCUCUGUGGGACUUUCCUGGAGCAUUUAAUGUGACUGGACCAAAUGCAACCGCUGGUAUAUUUGCUACCUAUCCUGGAAAACAUCUCACUAUUGUCAAUGGAUUCUUUGAUCAGAUUAUUGGCACAGCGGCACUGAUCGUUUGCAUUCUGGCCAUUGUGGAUCCCUACAAUAACCCUAUCCCACAAGGACUGGAGGCCUUCACUGUGGGUUUUGUGGUUCUCGUCAUCGGCCUGUCAAUGGGAUUCAACUCUGGCUAUGCCGUCAAUCCUGCCAGAGACCUCGGACCUCGUAUUUUCACUGCAGUAGCCGGGUGGGGCUCAGAGGUUUUCACCGUCAGAAACGGCUGGUUCUUGGUACCUGUUUUUGCCCCCUUCCUCGGCACAAUCAUCGGCGUCAUCAUCUACCAAAUGAUGGUCGGUUUCCACGAGGAGGGAGAGGUUCGUGACCGGAGGGCUGCGGAGGAGGAAAGUGUUCGACUCACCAAUGUCAGCACCAACGAGAAGUCGAAAGAGGCCACCAAACAGUUUCACUGAGCAGCUCUUGCCACAAAACACAUUUGAUUCCCUUUCCAGCACAGUUGAUCUCCAUCCCCUUUCUAGCUACUGCCAGAAUGAUGUGAUCAUGAAAUGAAGCUAUUUUGUCGUCAUUUGUAUUAUGUGUAGAAUAGGGGACUAGGGGAGCUUUGAAAUUGUGUCCCCAGCCUUCAUGUAUAAACAGUAUUUUAUUCUUUGUACCAGUGUAGUUUUAAAUCUAUUUUAAUCUACAUUAGCACUAGAUCUUAUACCAGUCCAGAUGAUUUCAAAGAAUUUAACAAACUGGCCAUGAUUAAAGUCCAAAGACUACUUUCUAUUUUACUGUGGGAAAACAGUUAAAUGACAUUGUUGAUGAGUUUGUGUCACAAACUUAUAAGCACGUAGUCAUGAAUUGAACCGUGAACCAUGCACCUUUUGUUACUGGUGUUUUGGUACUAGACUGGAAUAUGAGCCUCUUUAUAUUGUCUUUUUUUGUAUGUCAGUUGAGGAGCUGUUCUUUUGUACUGAU